AGAAAAUAAUCACUGAGCAUUAAAUGUUGUACACACAUCAAGAGCACAAAUAUAAACUCAACUUUAAUUAAAAUAAAUCUUAUAAUUAAAUUAAAUUACCGAAUAAUUUAUCAAGGAUAUUUACUAAAAAACCAUCGUUUAUUGUGGAGAUACUAAAUAACCUGGCAAGUAGUUAUAAUAAAUACAAAUAUAGAAUAUAGACAACAAUUACUUACAUGUCAACGUAACCUAUCAAGCUUGAAAUAAUAUCGUGUCAUCGAUAAAUAAUAACAACAAUGGAGAAAAGUGAUAAAGACAGUAUCCCGUCAAAUGAAGCUAUAAUCGAUGAGCUGACCAAAGAUUUAGAAAAUUCGUGCAUCAAAUCCGAGCCAGAAGAACAAAGUACCCAGGGUGUGAGUUCAGAGCCUGAAUCCGAUUGCGAGGAGAAACCUCCGGAGAAAGAUUUUGUUGAUGAAGAGAGACUCAAGGAUCGUGAGGUUGAUUUGUCGGAAGAAGAAAAAGAGAGCCUGAAAGUUGAAGCAGAGGCGCUUAAAAAUGAAGGAAAUAAUUUUUUUAAAGCUUGUGAGUACAGCAGCGCAAUUAUUACAUACACACAAGCUCUGCAGACCUGUCCGCUGGCGUAUUCAGAGCAACGCGCUAUUCUCUACGCUAACAGAGCAGCUGCCAAGGCUAAGGAUGAUGACAAGGAAUCAGCGAUAAAAGACUGCACAAAAGCCGUAGAAUUGAACCCAGCGUACCUGAAAGCUUACUUGAGACGCGCUCAGCUGUACGAACAGACGGACAAUCUCGACCAGUCGCUAGCUGACUACAAGAAAAUCCUGGAACUGGACCCUGGUCACUCAGAAGCGCAUCACGCUGUUCGAAGAUUACCACCGCUGAUUGAAGAAAAGAAUGAAAAACUCAAAGAAGAAAUGCUUGGCAAGCUGAAAGACCUCGGGAAUAUGAUUCUUAAACCCUUUGGACUGUCUACGAAUAAUUUCCAGUUAGAUAAAGACCCUUCUACUGGAGGGUAUUCUGUUAAAUUUAAUCAGGGUAACACUUAGUUUGUGCGAGGUAAAAAAUGGAUAAAUAAAAUAAAAUAUCUAUUCAUUUUUAUUUUAUUUAUAAUAAUUAAUAUUAAUAUUAAUAAUUAUAAUGUAUUAUGUAAAGUUAUUGAUUAUUACGAUGAUAAAAAUAUUUUUUUUGCUUUAAGGUACUUAAUUGUGUUUUUUAAUCAUUAUCAAUUUAGUAAUCCUUCUCAGUGGGGUUUUUUAGUCUCGUAUUUCAGCGAUAAAAUUAUCGUUUUAUUCUUCUGGUUUUUUUUUUUUGGUAUGAGUCAUUGACACAAUAAAGUAAUCAACAUAUUUGUCGAUAAAAAAAA